AUGGCAAUAAAUAAAAGAGAAUACAUUAAAAACUAUGAUGAAAUAUAUAAUUUUAAAAAUAUAAAUAAGGAUAAAAAAAUAAACUUCGAAUAUAGAGACAAUGACAUUGUUUGUAUAAAUAUUUCAAAUAAAAAAUAUAUUUUUUUAUAUAAAUGUGCUAAAAAAAAUAUAAAUAGUAGUAGUGGAAUUAUAAGCAACAAAAUAAUUUAUACACCAAAAAAAGGUAUAAAUAUUGAAGAUUAUUAUAAAAAAAAUAUUUUUAAGAAUACAAUAUUAAAACAUAAUUCAAUGAAGUGUAAAAAGAAUAAUAAAAUAAGUAUUUAUUUAGUAAAAUAUGAUAAUAAUUUUAGUCUCCAAAAGAAAUUAAGCAAUAUUAAAAUAUGUGAAAAAUAUAAAAAUUAUAAUUAUGAAAUGUGUUCAGGAAUAAGCAAAAUAAAGAAAAAGUUAAAUCAUUCUAAACAUACGAAAUUUUGCAAUCUAUAUAAUGAAGAUGAUAAUAGAAAUAUUUGUAACAUACUCAAACUAUUACAAGAUAGAAGAAAAAAAAAAAUAAUAAUAUAUAAAAAAGACCUACGAGAUAAAUCAAACCUCUCAAAAAAGGAGAUGUUAAUAAAAUACAUAUAUAAUGAAAAUAACAUAAAAAGAAAUAAUUAUAAUGCAUAUAAUGUUAUUAAAGAAUUAUCAAGUGCAAACAAUGAAAAAAAUAUUAUUAAGUUAAUUAAAUUCACCAAUAAUGUUUCAGAUAAAAAAUUAAAAAAAAUAAUAUUAGAUUCAAAAUUCAAAGAAUUAAAAAUAGGUUCAUAUAUCGAUCGAAAAAUUUAUCAUUUGAGAUGCCAAAUAAAAAAGAAAAUUAAAAAAUUGAAAGAGUUAUUAAUAAAAAAAAAUAUAGAAUAUUAUAUUCAUAAUAAACAUUAUAAUGAUGAAUUUGAUAAAUAUUCUUGUAAUAUAAUAAAAGAUAUAAGUAAUGACAAUGAAAUAUAUAUAAAAAAUGAAGAGAAAAAUAAGAAAAAAAGUGAUGUAAAUAUUCAUUUUAAAAGAAAGAUUAAAAACUAUAUAAAGAAUUAUAUAAAAAGUCAUUUAAACAAGAAAUUCUUGAAACGAAAAAGUGUUAAAAACUACAAAAGUAAAAAGAAGAAAAAAAGAAAAGAUAAUAAUUUUAUUAUUCAUAUAAUUUUUGAUAAUAUACCUAUUAAUUAUAAUACUUAUUAUUCAUAUGUAAAAAAUUAUGUAAGAAAAUUCUUUAAUUACUACUUUUAUAUUUUAUUUAAAAAAUUUUUAAAUUAUUAUAUUUCUAUAUACAUAAAGUAUUAUUUUAAUUAUGUUGGGAAUAAAAAAAAAAAUGACUAUAACAAUAUUUAUAAUAAUUAUAAAUAUUAUCAUUACAAUUUUGUUAAUUGCAAUAAUAUUAAUGUAGGAAUGGUUUACAAUGUUAUCUCUAAUCAAGACAAAAAAAAAAUUCUUAUUUUAAAUAAUAAAAGUAAUAAUGAAGAAAAAAUUAAUGUUAAUAAUGUUGAUAUUUCCUUUUUUUCUAAGAUUGCAAAAAAUAAUAAUAAUAAUAAUAAUAUUAAUAGUAUUGAGAACAUAAGAAAUGAAGAUAUAAUUAACAUAAUAAAUACUUAUAAUAAAAGAUUUGAAUAUCAAUAUAUUAGUAAUAGUUAUUUUAAUUAUAAGGAAAAAGAAUUUAUAAAUGGAAAUGAACUUGUUAAUAAAAUAAACGAUUUUAAAUAUAAUAAUGCAAAAGACAUUGAUAAUAAUAUUAGUUGUAAUUAUAAUAAUAACAACAAUAUUAAUAAUGAUAAUUAUUAUAGUAAUUAUGAUGGAAUAAAUAGUAAUGAUAAUAAUGAUAAUGAUAAUAAUAAUAAUAGCAGUAAUAAUAAUAAUAAUAGUAAUAAUAAUAAUAGCAGUAAUAAUAAUAAUAGUAAUAAUAAUAAUAGCAGUAAUAAUAAUAACAGUAAUAAUAAUAAUAGCAGUAAUAAUAAUAAUAGUAAUAAUAAUAAUAGUAAUAAUAACAAUAAUAAUAAUAAUAAUAAUAAUAAUAAUAAUAAUAAUAAUAAUAAUAAUAAUAAUAAUAAUAAUAAUAACAACAACAACAACAACAACAACAAUAAUAAUAAUAAUAAUAAUAAUAAUAAUAAUAAUAAUAAUAAUAAUAAUAAUAAUAAUAAUGAUGAUGAUGAGCAUGAUAAUAAUGAUAAUAAUAAUAAUAAUGAUAAUAAUAAUAAUAAUAAUAAUAAUAAUGAUGAUAAUGAUGAUAAUGAUGACGAUAAUAAUAAUAAUAUUAAUAAUACUAAUGAUAAGAAUAAUAUUAAUGAUACUAAUGAUAAUAAUAAUAUUAAUAAUACCAAUGAUAAUAAUAAUAUUACUAAUACUAAUGAUAAGAAUAAUAUUAAUGAUACUAAUGAUAAUAAUAAUAUUAAUAAUACCAAUGAUAAUAAUAAUAUUACUAAUACUAAUGAUAAUAAUAAUAAUAAUAAUAUUAAUAAUACUAAUGAUAUGAAUGAUACUAAUGAUAAUAAUAAUAUGAAUAAUACUAAUGAUAAUAAUAAUAUUAAUUAUACUAAUGAUAAUAAUAAAGAUAACAGUAAUAAUAAUAAUUACAUUAAUAGUAAGUUUAAUAUAAAAAAUGAUAAUUUAAUAAAUGAUAUCAACACAAAUAUUCAAAUAUGUGAAAAUGGUAAAAUAAUUUAUGAUGAAGAAGGUAAUUUAAAGAAAAACAAUAAUAUGAUAGAAGAAAACAACAUUAAUCAUAACAAUAACAAAAUUAGUUCGCAUAGUAGUAAUAAUAAUAAUAGUAAUACUAGUAGUUAUAAUACUACUACUACUAAUAAUAAUGAACAUGAAAAUUACUAUAAAUUAAUAAAAGAAAUAAAAAUUUUGGAAAAAAAUGAAAAUAUUAAAGAGGGUUUGGAUAAAAAAAAAAAUGAAUUUGAUGAUACUAUUAUAUGUGAAGAAAAUAAAUUGAAAUUGUUAGGUGUUGAAAAAAUAAAUAUGAAAUCGGAAAAAUUGAUGAUAGAAAAAGAUUAUUCUAAUUUAAAAAUAGAUAAAUCAGUAAAUGAUGAAAACCAUAUUCUAAAUGUUAAUCAAAAUAUAAUACAAACAUCAAAUUAUAUUAAUCAUCCAUUAAAAUUACCAUUAUUACCUGAAAUGAGUCAUCCAAGUUCUUUUUCAUCAUCCCAAUCUCCACGUUCUAACAACAUAUGUAGUAGUAAUAAAAAUACUACACCUAAAAACACUUCUAAUCAAUUAAAUGAUCCUGAUUUUGAAGAAGCAUGUGAUAUUAGAUUAAUGAAUUCCUUAGAAAAUAUGAAAUUUUCACAAUCUCCUCCAACGAGUUCAUUGCAUGCAUCUUGCUUGCAUUUAACAGAUGUGAAUGAAUUAGUUUUAUCACCAAAUCAGCAGAUGUAUUCUAAUAGCCCAAUAAAAUCACCUAAUACCCCAUUAACACCAACUUCCCCAAAUUUUGAAUCUAAUUCUAAUGAAGAAAAUUUAGAAAAAGUUAAUUCUAACUAUUUAAUUUCCUCUCCUUAUAGAAAUGAUAUUUUUUCUGAAUUUGACAUGCUUAGUUCCUUUUUUGAAUCAUUGGAUGAUCUAGAAAACAAAAGUGAUUAUACGGAAAGUAGUGGCAAUGAAAAUAUUAAAUAUAACAAUGAAUUUUCUUUAGAUGUAUAUGGAAAUAAAAUAAAAAAAGAUAAUAUGCAAAAAGAUGAAGUUAUUUAUAAUUUUAAAAAAGAUAAUUCAAAAAAAGUUUUUCAUGCUUGGUGUAAUAAAGGAAAACAUGAAUUAAACUAUGAUAAUAAAAAAUUCAAUUCAGUAAUGGAAUGGAUAAAUUACAUAGAAGAAUUAAUGUCUCAUGAAGAAGGAACAAGUAAGAGUAUAGAUGAAAAGGUAAACAUUAGUGCAACAGAAGAUUUCUUCAAUGAUCAAAAUAACUACAGUAAUGAUGACAAUAUAGAUAAGGAUAAUAAUAAUUAUGUUAAAAGUAAUAACAGUAAUGAUAAUACUACUGGUAUUUUUAUGAGUAAUAAUUAUUCAAGUAACCAUGAUAUUACCACUAGUAAUAAUGAUUAUAAUAAUUUAGAUAUGGACAAAAAUAUUAAUAAUGAAAACUAUACUGAAGAUAAUAUAAAUAAAAAAACAAAAAUUAAUGAUAGCAAUCAUAUAAAUGAAAUUUCUUCAGAAGUCCUUAACUCAAUAAAUAACUCCUCUAGUUAUAAUAAUUUAGAUGUUAACAAUUUUGAAAGUAAACAAAACUUAAUACCAGAAUAUAACAAUGCUGAAGAUCAUGUUACUUAUAGUAAUGAAAUAAAUAAAAAUGAAGAGGAUUAUUUUCAAGAUCCAUCAUUAAAUAAUAAAAAGAUAUUAAAUGACCCUUAUACUAGUUUUAUAUGGAAUGAUGAUAUAAAUGAAAGAGAUGAUUAUAAUGACGAAACGAAAUUUUUAACAAUUAAUAAUAAAGAUAAUGAUUUUGAUAUUAAUACUGUUGAACAAAUAAAUCAUCAAACUCAUGAAAAUACAAAGGAUAAUGUAACUUCAUCAAAUUUUAUAGAAGUAACGGAUCCAUGGAAAAAAUAG